AGAGAAAGACUAACAAACUGACAGGCUAUGGGGCUGAGGACAGCAGACUGUGUCACAUCCUGAAUGUAUGUUGAAACCUUAGUGUCAAUCCCAUAACGCUGACUGUUAGCAUAGGUCCAUUUUGCCCCUUGUCCAUGCAAACGUUCCAGACUGUUAAGCCCAGCUGAUCCAGAACAACAAGUGUCUCUCCUUACGUCUUGUCCUGCUAUUCCGCAGCUUCUACCACCUCUCCUAACCCCACUCCUCUUCUAUCUACAAGCCAAUGUUGGUUCAGUGUGGGCAAUUUAUACCUCCUGUCUGCCCACCCAGGGGGCCCAAGGCUAAAGAAUGCAGCUGUGCAAGACAUUAGCAACAACAGGCAGCAACAACAGGCAGCAUGGAACAGAGCAGAGCAGAACAAGAGAGCCACCUGCAUCUUUAUUGUAUAAUUCCUAUAUGGGUUGUUGUCUCAUGUUUACAUUCUUACACAACACUGUAACUAGCACAUGUGUGUUUACCUGUGCUAAGUCACAGUUACAUAACUAUGCCUCUGUGCUUAAACAAGCAGGGUCACGUCCUCAAAGUGUCCUUAGACCCCCUUGAACUUUGAAGUAGUCUAUGAUUCCCCACACCUUCCUUUCCCAAUGAUUUGUUAUUUUAAAAUGUCCUGAGUUCUAGUCCUGCUUUUCCCAGCUUCUACACUACUUGGUCCAGCUCCCAGUAGUUUCCAGAAACUUGCCCAAGGAAGCUGGUCCUGUUUGUCUCUGGUGUCUGUAAUAGAUGAGUAAAUCCUGCCACUUUAGAGACUCCUCCAUCUCAAGAGCUCUGGUUUAACACGAGGAGCAUUAGCAGAUUUAAUUCCAAUGAGAACUCUACCAGGAGGGACUAUUUGUAUAGAUGAGGAAACUGAGACAUAAACAUGAGAUGCCAAACAAACAUUGACUGAACCUGUGUAAUCAAGGGGAAACCUAAAUAAUCCUAGUUUCAUUUACUUUUAGUUGAUUUUUAAAAUUCCUAACUUUGAAGUUGACACAGCUGAGUAAUAUAUUAUUGUCUCCCAUUAACUUGCUGUAGAUAACACCUCUCAUAUGGGGGUUAUGACAAUAAAUUACCUGGAUUAUUUGUCAGGGAUGUAAAGGCUGUUUUGGCAACAAUAUAGCCAAAAAUAGCUAAUUUUAAAAUCAAUUUUGAUAUGCUUAAAUUUUCCUCUUUUGAAAUAUUGAUAAGGAGAAAUAAAGUUUCUGAAUCUUUUACACGUUGUUUACCUAAACUCCAUUUCAGAAAAGCUCCUAAACUGCUCAUCUAACCUCCCUGUUACUCAUCUGUGUACACCAUACCUCCCAUUCUGAAGCAUAUCGCACAUUGCUUUCUGGGUGAUUAAAGAAGGAGCUCAUGGGUUUGAAUAUGAAGAUUAAGUGAAGGUAUCCACCCUGAUGAAGACAUAGAAGUAAACAAUUCAAAUUACAAGUAGACAACUAAAAAUAUUGUGUUAAACUGAGCGUGGUGGGCACAUCUGUAAUCCCAGCAACUUGGCAGAAGGAUUGAAAGCUCAAAGCUGACCUGGGUAACUUCCUGAAAAUAAAUAAAAGGGCUGAGUGAGAAAAGGAAAGGCAGAGAAGAGGCUGUGUACUAGCAAGCAGAAAGGAAUGUCUGACUCCUCUAAAACUUAAGAAGGUAUCACUGGCCAGUGUGGAUUCUCAGUCACAUUUAAAAUGAAAAUCAGACAUGGUCUGAUUCUUGAGCCUGCCGAUGCUGUCAGUCAUCUGUCCUCUUCAGGGUCCUCCAAAGGGCACACCUUCCAAGGUGUUACUAAUCAGCUGAGGGUUCUUGCUCAAUUUGGAGAGAAAUCAAAAAUUUACAGGAUGCUCCCUUGGUGUGUUUUGCACAUUGCUAGGCUUUGAAUGCCAGUGGUCAGUGGGUCUUCUAUUAGUAUUAAUAGCCCUCCUUGAUGCUUGGAGCAAGUAGCCACCACGAUGUCUCAGGAAUUCAUGGCCACUGAAGAUGGCAUCUCCUGGCAGUUCACUGCUCUGUCAUUCUCUGGAUGAUGAUUGUCUUUUGUGCCACCAGCUCCACCUGCUGGCUGUUUUUUGGCACCAGUGCCUUUAGUGUUGCCACCUCCUGGCAUAUCAGUUCAGCAGGCUCAACCCAAGAUAAAAGCCAUAAAGGGGCAAAAUAUGCCAUCUAGAAUGGGAUUUGCUAAUACUUAUGCUGUAACAUAAAAAGAAGCAAUGCAUGGACUGAAACCACUAAGGUUAUGAGGAGGUUGCUUAUAAAGAAAAAGGCAGGCUCUUGCAUCACAUUAUCAAAGAGGCCACGGUUAAGUACAAGGCCACAGAAGAGUGAAAUCAUUCAGACUUUAGAGUACAGACACCUGGGGUAAGACUGCCUCAGAAGCCUGACACAGCCAAAGCAAAUAUCUACUGGAGCAGCUGUAGGCUGGUUGCAAAAUGUUUGGAGCAGCUGAGGAAAAAUAAAAACUACCUCUUGAGGAUCAUUAAACCCUUCUCUUUUGUCUCAAGGGUUAACAGAGAAGCUUUGAAAGGUGACCUUUGCACUCUGUCAAAGAGGGGAAUAUGCAGUUCACCAGGCACACAAGCAAAGGACAGUUUUUGAAGACUACUAUGUAGAAAAGCAUAAAAACAUAUAAAAUCUGGGCAACUCCAGCACUACUUUAAUGUAGCCCAUGUCUAGGCUUUGUACAAUGUUAAUUAAAAGAUAGUUUCAAAAAAAAUGGCUCUCACACAAAUGUAAAAACAAAAUAUGUUAAAGCUUCUAUUUCUCUCAUCGGGCAGAUUUCGUAAGUACUGGUUCAAAGGAUAAAUCCAAAGAACAAACAAAUUGGGAACAUUGAAAUGAAGGCCAAAGUGUGGAAUGCAUGUGGAACUUUACGUAAAUGUGGGAUGGAAUCUUCUUCCACACAGUGGGAAAGUGAAGUCAGUUAAAUGUCUACUGAAUAAACUAUGCAUGUCUAUAGACCCUUACUUUGAAUUGCUAUCACCCACUACCUCCAGAGAUGUUCAAACAGCUUCCCUAAAUUGGGAAGAUAACCGGAUAAUUUCAGCACUUACUUUUCCACUGAAACACAAACUUUCCCCUACAAUAGCCGUAAGACUAGUUAAACAUCCUCCAAGGGCUGCAAACACAGCAUCUCAACACCCUGAGUUUGAACUGUUAGUUCUAGACUUUGAGUACAGGAGGUUCCUCAAGCUGGGGAGUGCCAGAAACUCUGCAUUGCAGAGGUAGGGCCCAGCAGCAGGUGAAAGUGCACUAUGGCACAAAGAUGGAGUCUUAACUACAAGUGUAUGAAGCUGACUCAAUACAUCAAAGUCCAAAGGUGAAAGCCAUAGUGGUGACAAAGAGGAGGGAAAGUGGCUGGCAAAACAGAAUCCAGCUAAUCUUGUGAAGGUGCAUGAGAGAUAUGAAGUGGACACUAUAGCAUCUGACAACAUCUAGAUUCUGGCUCAACCCACCAACAUCAGAGGAGCCAUCUUGGGCAAAGUCCGGCUUAGUGGCACCUUUUGGAUAACUGUGAAACUUUGGGGAAGAAAGCUGGGAAAGGGAGUACAAGGAACCUAGGGGUGCAGUCACAAGCUACUCCUCAUGCCUUGGCUGCUCAUGAAGCCAGUGGCAUGAGGAGACCCGGAAGGGGAAGCCGUACCAGUGCCUUCAGUGUUACGAGCUCUCAAGCUCUAUCAAGAUAGAAAUCACGGUGGGGCAUAGGGUAAAUUGCGGGUGGGCUCUCGCAGCUCUACGUCGGCCCCACUUCCGCUUCCGGCCCGCGGGUCUCUGUUUCAUUUUUUCUCUUCCCUCUGCCCCACUUCCGCUUCCGGAGGCGUCAGGCGUGGGCUGUCUGUGGGCGCGAGUGUCCUUCGUGGAUCGGCGGCUACAGGUUCCUGUGGACUGACAUGCGGCGGCCGCGGCCUCCAGCGGACUCCGGGACAGCCCCAGGGCGGGAAGGCGAUGCGCGAGGCCUGAGGAAGCGUGGCCGGAGGCCCACGUCCAGACCCGGAGGCGAGGAGGGAGGCCGUGGCCCGGAGGCCAAGGGGCGCGAGGAGGGCGGGCGGAAGAGGAAAGUGGCGGCGCGGGCGUCUACCGGGCCUGAGGCGAAAGCCAAAGAUGAAAGAAAAAUUACUGAAGCUUCAAGUGAUGAUCAACAGCCAGGGAUUGACCUGGUUUAUGAUAAUAGCUUUGUGCAGAAAACUGACAGUGGAUAUAUACAUGUAGCAGAAAAUUCCUUGAAGGAAAAGAAAGAAAACCUUAGGAGACCUGCAGAGAAGAGUGACGCAAACAGUGUUCCUAAGCUCCAAGAAACUGAAGGAAGUUUAAUGGAAAUAAAUAAAUUACUGCUCGAAAAAAAUGACUUAUACCAGAGUAAAAGGAAUGGCUUACUUUCCUGUCUUCUAAGUGAAAAAAAUAAACAUUCGGUAGAACAGAGCAAUAUCAGAAAACCCAGAAAAAAGAUGAAGUCUGAAAAAAAAACAGUUGAGACGCGUUUCUGUAACAUGUGGAAUGAGUCUGAAUUGGUAUUGAAAAAAGCUCAAAUAGGUAUGGAGGGGAAAAAAGCAGAGAUUUCAGAGGUUAAAAGUCCUUUAAAAGUCUUGGGAAAUGGAAACUAUAAUACAUCCUCUCAAUUGGAUCAUUUAUCAGAUCUCCUAGAAACAGAAGGGAAAAAAAGUACUGGACAUCAUAUAAAUGCUGUGUUUCCAAAAACCCUUGAGCCACUUUUGAAAGAAGAAACAAAGAAUGUUUCAGAGUCCUUAGAAUGUAAAAGCUUGGAUCCAGAGGAGUAUUUUAAAACAGUGACAAACUCUAUUACAGAGGAAUCACCUAGUGAAAAGAGAUCAUCACACGAAGAUUUGAGAAAAGAAUCUGAAUUACGGCUAAACUGUCGCAGAACAAUACCAAUGACUGGUAAAAGAAUUUGGCCUUUAUAUUCAUGUGCUAGAAUAUCUCCCUAUUAUUGGAAAAAGGCUACUUUGCCAAACUCAAAUUACUUACUACCUGAAUCUCCGAGAACUCUUGGGCAAGAUAAUUUUCUUAAACAUCAGACAAACCAGACUCACUUUUCUGACUCCAAAUUGUUCCAAAGUUCCUUAACAGAAAAAAACAUUGAACACUCAAAGAAAGAAAAAUUGGAUUCUAAUUUAGAUCAGUUAUCUUCAGUUUCUGCAGUAGAGCCUACUUUGGUGGCUACAAAGGAACCUAAAAUCGAUGAUAAAAGGAUAAAAUCAGAGGAACUUAGCAGAAGUGGGUCAGAGGUAGUUUCUAAUAGUAUUGAAGAUACCCAAGUAACUAAUGUGACGCAGAGUUUACCAGGAAGUAAAAGAAAAGAGAGAGGGAAUUUAACAAAACUUAAUUUGACAGUAGCUCCCAAGGAUGGCCAAGAAACAAAUAGCUUUACAAGCAGAACUAUUCAUCAAAAAGCCUGCGUUGCUAAGCAGACACUUGUAGUUCCAGGCUUGGUUAAAAUAUUGAACACAGGACGGCUGACUAAUUUUAAAAUUCCUUUACUUAAAAAUAAGACAGAAAAAAACCUAAGUGCUAAGUCAUCAGGCAGAGAAGCUUAUAGUCCUCUAGAACUCCUUGACAGUGUAUCUGGAGCAGAGGUAAGGCAGACUAGGAUCAAAGAAUAUGCUUCCACAGCAAAUUCAAGAUCUCAAUCUUUUAACAUACAAAAUAGUGUAACUGCAGGGCAAGCUCGUUCUAACUCACUCUAUAGUAAAAAUCCCUGUAGUAUUUCUCCAAGCUUUGUAAAGAAAGGUGAUGACAAUAAAGCAUUUAAUCACAUCUCUGAACCAAGCAGUGUUGUUUGUAAUAAAGAACCUGUUUCUCUCAGAAUUGAAAAUAAUGCUUUGUCUUAUAAUCCUGGCUGUAUUGAGGAAAGACCUUUUUGUGCUAAAGAACAAACAUUUGAGCCAAUUUUCUCUGAAGGAAAUGGUACAAAAGUGACUAAGAGCAUUUCAGACAUCAAAGUGGAGUUUCCAGAUAUUCUUAAAGCAUAUGAAGAUGAUGUCCUUUUAAUUGAUGUAAUUCAAGAUGACCCUGACCUCUUUGGAGUCUCCAGUGAAGGGGAGAUCACAUUUGUUUCAGAGGUCCCCAAAAGAAGUCAUGAGCCCCAUGUCACUGCAGAGCAUCAGUCAGCUGACACCAAGCACAUGGAACUUCCAGAAAAAGAACCAAGUGAUUUAAGAGCAUGUCCUCCUGUAUUGGACACUGGAUUGAUGAAGUCAGAAAUCUACACUUCCUUGCCAGCAGCAAGUGAGAUAAAACAUGAUUCCAAAGGUACAAACAUUUCUUUAGAAGUUACUAAUGAGACCUCUGAAAAUGAAAAACUUGGAAACCCCAGUGAACAAGUGACAGGUUUGGACUCAAAUGAAAAGUGUAGCGUUUCUAACAAGAUGACUGUUAACGAAGACAAAGAAAAUAUCUAUGAAGUUUGCAAAAGCAAAGAUUCUAAAAUUGGAGAGAUCGUGGUUGGUGAAUGUCAGUUAACAACACUGAGCCCCAAACCUCUGCACUUUCCAGUGCCCACUUUGAAUCUGAGUGGCCAUCAGGAGCCUAUAAUAUCAAAGCCCUGGAUGAAUGAUGUCAGAUUUCCCGGAAAAUCUUCUGUCCUAAAGCUGCAGAAUCCUGAAGCUUGCGAAAUAUUUAAAAGGGAAAAAAAUAUAGAGAUGUUCCAAAAGCCACUGGGGCUGAUGAUCCCCCAUGGAUACUGCAAGUUUCAUUUUAAUACCAUCCGAGGCUGUGAGCGAUCACUGUGCAAGUUUGCUCACGUGCCUGAGCCAGGAGAUGAAAAGGUUUGCAUGGAUGUGUUUAAGAAAUAUAUAAGUAUCAAUGAACUGUGUUUACUACAGCGUGCAGUAAACAUAUUUAUGGAGUACUAUAGGAAGUUUCCUCCCGGGAUAUAUUUUGACUUACAAGUACUCAAUGAGCUCCUGCUUUCUUUACUCAAAUACUGUUUAUUGAAAGAAGUAUUUCAGGUAGUCAACCUCAGCAUAAUGAUUAAAAUGCUGCCUGCUCUAAAAAUAUUACUGCAAAUAUUUGAGCACGUGGCAACUAUGAAAUUAAGGAAUGCUGUACCUGCUUUAAUUGAUAUCCUUUGUAAGCUUGUUGAAGCUGGGAUGAUGCUUGAUCCAGAACAUUUGAACUAUAUCAUUAAGCUUUUAUGUCAACUGCAGGCUUCCAAACAAGAAAUAUCUGCAAUUUUGGAAAUCAAAUCCAGGUUACAGCUGGGGCAGUUCACAAGGAACUGGAAGCAUGACUUAGAUUCAGCCUUGAAUGAAGUAGAGAAUUAUAAAGAAAAAGAUGACUGGACCAAAUUGGGAAAUUUAUACAUUAAUGUAAAAAUGGACUGUGAAAAAUUUGUAGAUUUCCAAAGAUUUUGUGCUUGUAUUGCUGAAACACUCACACAAGACUAUAAGGAAGAAAGACCAAGUGUUCCUUUUUGUGAAUUUGCUGAGACAGUUAUCAAAGGCCCACAGAAUAGUGAGAUCGAUAAAACCUUGCUGGGAAGAAUUGGAAUCAGUGCUAUGUACUUCUAUCACAAGCUGUUGCAGUGGCCCAAGGGAAGGAAGGUCUUGGAUAAGCUGUAUGAGUUAAAAGUACAUUUUACAAGUUUAAAAGGACUCACAGGGCCUGCAAAGGUAGCACCAAGAUGUCAAAUUGUGAACAUUGCAGCAGAAAUUUUUCUCAAAAGUGGAAGCCUAGAUGGUGCCAUUUGGGUAUUGAGGGAAUCAGAGUGGAUAAUCAGUACUCCACUUUGGCCUUGUGAUAGACUGGAUGUGCUUAAUCGACAUAACUUGCUCUGUACAAUUGCACAUGAAAUCAUAGCCAAGAGCCUUUACAGACAGGCAUUUGAAGUUUUGCAGAAUCUACCAGGUUUUCAAAAUCCUCAAGAAACGGUGGAGCUCUCCCAACCUAGCCUGCUUUUUAAUAAGCUUUUAGAUGCCUGUAUAGAGAGCAACAGUCUUGGCAUGUCAUCCUCAGUGGCAGAAUUCAUGGUUUCCAAGAACAUCCCUAUUGAUUUUUCCUUCCUGAGAAGAUUAAUUACUUCUUUAGGAAGGAGUUGCUUAUGGCUCAAAGCCAGAACCCACUACAAAAGUGCUCUUUCUCUGGGUUGCUAUCCACCAUUGGAGGGAAAUUUAUACCGAAAACUUCUACUGAUUCCUUGUUAUUUAUCUGAGAUUGAAAUGCUUUUAGCUAUUGAAAUCUUCUUGGUAUCUAAUGCUAGUAGUAUUCAGAGUCCGGGAACUUCUACACAGGUCCUACAAAUAGUUUUGAAAAGAUGUGAAGAAAACAAGUCUCGGAGCAAGGAUGAUUAUCAAGCUGCAGUCAAAAGAUUAAUUUUGGCUGCUCGCCUAUCGGACCCAAAGCUUUUCAUUAAGCACAUGACCGUCAAUGUUAACAAGGAACAGGUUUACAGUUUGGAACACUGUUCUGCCCUGAAGUGGCUGAAAGAGAAUAUGAAAUGGGCCGGAAAGGUUUGGCUUUUCAGUAACCGUUAAUAAAGGCAUUUCUUGGGUUUUUUUUUAAGUUAGUUAAUAAAGGUGUUUCUUGUUUUUAAGGUCAAGUAAUCAUUGUUGACAAUAAAAGGCAAUAAAAAUAAAGGUUGUUUUCACUGUA